AUGCGUUUUCUAUUACACGAGUGGCGUAAACAGAUUACGUAUUUUAAACGAAACAAUUUCAAAAAUUUACAAAAAGCACGUGGUGUUGUUAAUACGAUUGCAUUUUUUGUUGUUUGGGGAUACGCAGGCUAUUUUAUAGCUAAUAGAGCCGAUAAAACAGCAAAGGAAACAGGCAUUCCGCAUAGUCUACAAGUUGCGAAACAAACAGGCAGUAGAUACAUUACCAAGUGGGAUUUAAAUACCGGUGAAACAGAGAAAAUAGACGUUUUUGUAGAAUUGGCCGAAAAAGAAGCUGAAGCGCGUAUACGAGCUCUUGAACAACGACGUCUACGUGAAGAAGCUCGGCAACCCACAAUAAACAAUGUCGAAUUGUGUUUUUCCCUUAUUGAACAAUGCCAUUUUCGUCGUUUUGAAGAAGACAAAUCAGUGCAAGACGACAGUUUAUAUGUUCCUGCUAUAUUAAUUUUACGCCAAUUUAAUCGUUUUCAAAGUCCAUCAACAUUUGAUAAACUCCUAGAAAAAUUUAUAUCCCUAUUUAAAUUAAUACCGAUUUCAACAAAAAAGACUCUCGAUGAUCUACUUUGUAUUAUUAGUAUUAUUCUUACCAAACGUAUUAUGACAACAAACGAUGAUGUUCAACAAGAUUUAUUUAUUCGAUUUUUUCGUGCAUUUAUUUUAUCAAUAAAAAUCAAUUCGAAGUUAUUUUAUAAAGGCUUUCUAGGAGAUUUCAGUCAAAAUCUACCAAUUGUCGGACAUUAUCUUUCAUGUUUACUUCAAUUGUAUGAAAAAAUUAAUUCACUCGAUUAUCGACUCAACAUUAUGGAUGCACUAUGGUCAUUGAUAUAUGUCACAAAAGAUAAAAAUGAGAAUGAAUAUAAAUCAAUUAUUGGACAAGUCUUAGCUUGUUUUCUGCCCGGUAUAUUAAAAACAUUUGCACAAGAUAUUAAUUCAAUUCAUCAACGUCUUGUUCAAGCUAGUCUUAUUCUAUUAAGUUAUAUCGUUCGACUCAGUGUUAAUCUAUCACCAAAAUAUAAUGAUGAACUUAAAUCAAUGAAAGAUGAACUUCGCGAUAUGGUUGUUGAACGAAAUGAACAAUGGUUAUGUAUUGUUGAUACACAUUUAGGACCAGUAUUACAACGAUUAACAACUGAUUGUGUUAAUCAUGAAAGCUUAAGUGUUCGUCGAGCACUAGCAAAUUUUAUGUUAACAAUACUAUGCUGUUGUUCAGCCUGGUUAAAAGUAUCGGCAAAGAUUGCAUUGAAAACAAUGUUGGUAUUGAUUUCAUCAACAAAUAAUGAUGAAGAUGAAAUCAUUCUAAUGAAAGUUUUAUUGAAAAAAUUAUUUAAAUUACCAAUCGAAUCAAUGCCUGUUGUAUCAUCUCAAACAGUAUUAACCGAAUCAUCUUUUCAUCUAUAUGAAACUGAAUUUCUAAAUGAAAUUCUCAAUGCAUCGAAUAUAAUUCUACCUGAUCAUCUAUUAAUCGAAUGUCAAUCUGAUUUAUUUCAAUUACUUGAUCAACAGCAAAAGCCUUCAUCAACGUUAUUAACUGAUCGUCGAUGGCGCUUGCAAUUAUUUAUCGGUUAUUAUACAUUUAUUCAUCAGCAUGUUGAUUUUCUGUUUGAUAUGGAUUCAUUUACGGAGAAAUUAUUACGUUUUAUUUUAAAUGCACUUGAUUUCGAUACAAUCAUACGAAGUAAUCUUAAUCUACUCAAUGAAAGUUCAUUAUCAGAUCAUAAUACGAUAAAUUUCAAAGAAGAUGAAUAUCGUUCAAUUUAUAAACAUUUUAAAUCAGAUGUACACGAUGAAAUUCAGCAAAUACUUAAAUUAUUUAUAUCAUCACAUUCGAAAUUUCUUAAUUACUUAUUUGAAAAGAUUAAUUCAAAAAGAAUUAUAGACGAAAACAAUCUGAAAACAUUUUAUCUCCUUUCAAUUAUAUUUGAAGAGAAAAAUUUUGAUAAUCUCGAAGACUAUCAACUACUUUUAUCAUUACUUAUUCAAUUAAUAUGUGAUGAUGAUUAUCGAAAACAACAAGCAAAAAGAAGAAAAAGAAAUCGUCCAAAGAAAGAAGAGCCCAUAUCAAUGCGAAAUUUAACGAUCUAUUUUCUUCUUGAAUUUAUUCGUACAAUAACUCGUAUUGAUCAAGUUGAAUAUCUUAUUGAUUAUAUUCCAUUACUUCUUCUUUGCCAUUCAUCAAAAUAUACCAUCGUUCACCAAACAUCAUUGUAUUGUUUAACAUCAUUAUCAAAUAAUAUACCUUCAUUUCUUGUGACACAAUCGGAAUAUAUAAUCGAUAGUUCACUUAAAAAACUACAAACAUCAUCCUAUGAUGGUUAUUUUAUUUUAAUUGAAUUUAUUCGAUUAGGUAAUACAAAAGUUAUUAAUCUACCUAUAAUGACACAUGUUAUUGAACAACUCUUACUCGAAUUAUCGUGUCUUCCACCGAUUGAAUGUAUUGAAUUAACGUUUCAAUUUUUACAUGUUUUCUGCCAACAAGUCUUUGAUAUAGUUGGCGAGAAAAAAGUAAAAUCAACAUUAUUACCUCCUCAGACGAAAUCCUUAAUUGAUUUUACUCUUGAUUUACAACAACAAUAUGCUCCGCCGAAUCCUUCGAAUGAACAAAUCAAUGAUGAAAAUGAAAAACAAGAAGAAAAACAUCCAUGGCAUAAAAUGCUAGUAUCGAUCGUUGAUGUUUUUCAACAUUUUAUAUCACAUUCAAAUAUUCAUGUACGUUCCUAUGUACUCGAUGCAUUUCCAUCAUUAGCACAAUUACUUUCAACGAUCGACGAGAAUCUAUUUCUACCAUUGGUACACAAACUUUGGCCUGGUCUUAUUCAUCGUCUUUAUGAUAAAGAUUUUAAUAUUCGUAUGCGUUGUUUAUCUACAAUACAAUGUCUAUGCCGGAUAUGUUCAGAUUUUGUUGAUCGUCGUAUUCGACAAGAUAUUCUACCGAUACUUAUUCAGCAUCUUGAAAAUAAUCGUUUAAUAUCAUCGUCGAAGCAACUUGAAUAUCGCUAUACGAAAUGUCUUCUAACAAACAUUGGCUCAAUACUAAAUGCAAUCACAGUUAAUAUUGAAGACAUGGAGAGAAUUGUUUUAAUUCUUUUUCAAUAUUUACAAGUCGACCAAUUAGCUGAUCAUGCAUACGAACAAUUAAUGUUAUUAACAGAAAAAUAUUCGGAUAUGAUUUGGUUAAAAUUAAUGUUACAUGAGGAGACUGAAUAUCGGAAAGGAUAUUUUGAAAAAAUGAAAGUCUAUAAACCUGAACCUAUGUUAAUCAUCGAUCCAAAAUGGAAAUCCAGUUUGUUAGUUUGUUUAGCCAAGUGUUAG